AAAGGCAGCACUGUAGUUGACACUCAGCUGCCUAGUUUGAAGUGAAACAUCAUUGAUAAUGGAGCAGAUUCGGAUUGAGCUGACAAGAUGAAGCGCUGACUUGUAGAGGAGCAAGCAGUAUAUACACGCGAAGCGGCAACAAAUGAAAUGAUGCGCAAAACUGUCUCGUCUGAGAUGAGCUUCACUCAAUUAUUGAACGUUACCCUCCAACAAUACGGCGGCUGCAGACGAAAAUAGCACCGGAGAAGGAUUUGUCUCGUCGCAAAACACGAGCGACGGAUCUGAAUAGAAGGAUGAACAGUAAUAAUUUAGAUGAACGACCCAAAGAGCUUGUUCAGAAAAGAGUGAAAAUCCAAAGACCGAAACUACUUGACCAGCUAUUUCAUAAGACGAAACAGAAGAGAUCCAUCUACUAUUUCACGUCAGGCCGAUUGUGCAGAAAGGACAAGAUAGAAGAUUUAAAGCUGGACACAAAUCCUUUCAAUGUGGUGGUUGGAGGGAGAGAUACAUUGAAAGACAGCGAAGAAGAGGAAUUCUUGAAAAGUUCUAGGAAGGUUGAAAGGAGUUUGAAGGUGCACAGAAAACAUACCUACCGAUCACGUCUUGAUACGGAUUUGUCGGAAAGAUUGGUUGUCGAUGACGUCAGAGACAAAGACUCGCCGAGAGGAAUCGUGGACAUGGACAAACAGUUCUUCACAAUCGUUAAAGGACGCCCAAUUAAAGGAACACCCAACCUCAAGAAAUACAUCGAACACUUGCGAGAAGCACUCAUAGCGAAUAUGAAGACCGGAAUUAUCUAUGAUGAGGUGUACCGUAUAGACAGACAGCAUGAAACUGAGGAGGAGACGCUGGAUGAGAUCAGGCGUCGACUGCAGGAGUACAACGCGUCGUUCGACGAGUUCCUGGCCAGAGACAAUGACAGGUCCAUGACACUGCUCAGAGAAGCAGCUGACGAAGUGUCAGGAAAGGUCAAUAAGCAGGUGGAACUGGAUUCGGCUCUGGAAGAGUGGACCAAGAUCAAGUGUGAGAUGUAUCGUCUUGAAGAGCAGUGGACAAAAGGUCAUAAGUGUAAGGAGUUUCUCUACGAGAUAAGUCCUACUAAUUGGAAGAAAACUAUGGCUAAAGAAAUGGAAACCGUGGAAAAGAAACCCGACAUCGAGAAUGAUAGAGAAAGGGAGGAAGAUUGUGAUGAGCAGAAUGGUUUGAGAAAAGAAGAGGUUGUGAGUCUGUCGAAUUCUCUGGAAUCGCUGUUGGAACCAUUUCUCGCCGAGAAGUCCAGAGACGAGAAGAAGCCGCUGUUUUUCAGCGAGCCCUGGCAGCUGAGUCUCGUGUUCCGCGACCUCGAACUCCAGAAUCUUAACGCGCUCCUUCACACGGAAAACUUCAAAAAGCCGAACGAAGACAUCGAGUCUGCGCUCGUGUCGACGAUCGACCGCUACGACAAAGAGAUGAAGGCGGUGGAAGAAAAGCUCAAGGAGCUUGAGGGAGCCAUCAGCGCGGAAGAGGCCACCGCUUCCAAACUCGAACAGAAAACACGCUCCGUUGUCAGAAACCAUUUGCGGGGAAUUGUUUCAGGAGAGGAAUGGUUGUUACUUCAUGCGCACAUCCAGAACGUCUAUGAGGCAUGCAUCACAAACGACGGCGCCGACCUAACAGCGAUGGAAAUGAUGGCCGCCAUCGAGUCUGAAUACAAACGACUUCUGCUGGAGCUUGACUCACUGCCCGUCGACUGUGUCGCCGAGGCUCAGCGCCAGGUCAGGAAGCAGCACGACUACAAGUUGGGUCAGGCUCGCUCCGCCCGGCAACGCCUCAACUACCUCGACAUGCUGACUAGGAACAUGUUGCGUUCACUAGACCCGCCAGUCCGCAACCGUCGCCGAACCCUCAUGUUCCGCUCCCGGCCGCCGCCCCUCGCCUACAAACCGCCUCCGCAGCGCGGCGAGCUCACUGCUCAGCAGUUGGAGCAACUGCACUUCUUCACCGACAAGCAGCAGGGGGACAACGCCGACGAUAUCAAACUCUAUUUCCCGCUUGGCUACUGAAUGCAUCAAAGAAACAAUCUUCAUUCAUUGUAUCAUUUAUUGUAAUACUCAAAAUUCAUGUCCUUUUAUUUCAAAAGAUGGAUUAUGACAAUAGCUGCGAUUUAUAUCCAAUUCAAUUCGAUUUUUUUUCAUAAUAGAGAACAAUGUAAGUAAAAGUAUCGUCUUUCGAAGGAGACGAUUAUCCGACUGUUCCGACUACCUAAAAACUAGUUGUCAUCUCUCAUCAUCAUCAUCAUCAUUCCUCAUACCCGCGCACAAGUCUAAGAGCCUAUCUGGGCAUGACCCUCAGUAUUAUUAUAAAAAAUCUAGAAAAUGAAUUCAAUUAAAAACAUUUUAAUGAAUUUCAGUAAAUUGAUGAUAGCUCAGAUUUGUAUCCAAUUCAAUUCAAAUAUAUUCUAAUAAAGUUUUCCAAUACUACUACUACCGUACUUAAACUCUUUAAAAAUUUUAGAAAUCACUUGAAUUGAUUUAACUAAACUUGAAAAGGCAUGAAUGCUGGAACCAGUUGUAUUUGAUAAAGAUGUAUAUAGAGAGUACUAGUGAUUUGUAUAAUAAUAUAAAAAUUCAAAUAUAGAUUUUUUUAAUAAGGUGAAAACAAUGGAUGCUGAAAUCUGGAAAAAGUGAUUGAUCAGAAAGAACUUGAAGAAGUAAGUCCAUCAAAACUACUAGGAGAAGAUUUACAAUAAUAUUAGAACUGUUCCUCCUCUUAUUGAGUCAAGAGCAAUCGAAUAUAAGAGAAAAAUAUAAUACAGAAAAACUUUAUACUUUGAUUAUAUUGUGACAAAAAAAUGAAAAAAUAAUGAAUUAUUGUAGUCUGCCAUAAAAUCAUGGAAGAAAUGCGAAGGACUAAAAAGAAAAGAAUUUCAGAUGAAAAGGCAUGAUUGGUACGAGUCAAAGUUCAGGAGCUGAUCUAUUUCCAUAAUACCCAAUUUCCCAGGCACAUUGAGGAUUGAGUUGAGCACUAAACACGUCUCCAAGUAGGUGAAAGUAUCUUGGAAUGGCUUCUGUUCAAGUUGAGCAUCAGUUUUGAGACACACAACAUAAGGUGCGGCUUAGAGUCCCUAUUGGAGAGGCUUAAACCAAAGACAGGAGUCGGGAGACGGGAAGGCACUUGAGAAGACGACGGCUUCAGUUCUCCGAGUCGUAUUAGGGUGCAUUAACGUGUUCGAUUCUUAGUUAAUGCGAGUCAAGUAAGAAACUCGCGCUCAACCUUAUACUACUUUCAAAAGAGCAACUCAUCUGCUAUAAUGUAGUUUCACUUAAAUUUAUUCUUUUGCAUUGAUAUUUCUCAGAUUUUCUUAGUUGAGCACAAUUUUCUGUUGAACAAAGUGUGUUCUUUCUGAGUAAGAAAAAACAAUAAUAUAGAUUAUAGAUUACAGAUUUUAGAAUAAUAGAUUAUAGAUUACAGUUUUUAGAAUUUAGAUUAUUAAGGCCUCUUGCCACUAAUUUCCAUAUAAACUUUGAGCAUUCAACAUAAAUUAAUAUUUGUCGUUUAGUUGAUUCCCAACAAAGACAUUAGAAAAAAGUAAUAUAAAGAGACGUCAAGGAAUAACAUAAUAAACGUAGUCGUUCAGUUGAAAAAUCAUUUAGAAAUUUCAAUGCAUUGUAGGCUGUAUCAUUUUAUUGUAUACUAGACUCGUAUGACAGUCCUCGAGUAUUGUAUUGUGCUUGUCAAAGGUAAUAAAUUCAUUUUAAUGCGUUUAGUAGUACUAUAAACGGUGCUUUAAGUCAGCAGCUAUUACUAUACAGUUAAUAAAUUAAGAACUGACGUCAUUCACCUUCAAAUUUGAAUAGUUCAGCAAUAUUAAAGACUAGAAUCAUUACAAAAUCGUGUUUGAAUAAAGGAUAAUUUUCUACUCAUUUCAGUGUUGCGUCCAUAAUUUCAAAUGCUCAUCCUUGUAUUCUAUUGGUAUACAAAUUUCAUGAUGAUUGC